AAAGAGCGAGACACGACAACAGUCAAACCCUAUAGACCUCACGCUACCUCCCAUCAGCAAAAGGUGGAAUUCUUUUGGUGAAAAGAGUUCUUACCUUUUGAUAACUUCGGCAUCUAAAAUAUUCCUCUCCUUUUCUUCUUCGCCGCCAAACCGCCGCUCUGGCUCCCUUCUCGCCUACUCAGUCUUUAUUCGCUCGCUCCCGGAAUACUUCGACUCUACUGCGAUAUAUAUUUCCCGUCGCACGCCAGCGCGCACGAGCAAGAUUCUUUAAUUUCAGACACGACACCCUCCCAUACUACCGCCAGGUAGCCCAUUCCCGCAUCUACCAAUUUCUUCUUCGCCGUCAAACUCGUCGACGAGAGAAACGAGCUGCGGGGAAAGGCGUUCUAGCACUUCUACGUAGGAGGGGCGGAAGGUUAUUCAAGGGGUUUCGUUCCAAAGAUGCUCCUCCUCCGCACCCCAAGAUGACACAACCUGGUUCAUAUGCGGGAAUUGACGGCAGGGGCUCAUUACCCCCCGAUGGCCGUGACAAGAACACUCGAAGGCGGAAACUGGCCGGCUAUCUAAAGGCGGCCAAUGAGCUUCGGCAAUCCUACCAGCAAGCAUACAUUCAACGUUCAGGACGCGAUAGAGGCUCUUUCUCUCACGACGACGAUGCUGGAAUACCGGGAGCUUUCCCGGAGGUGGAUAUUGUUCGACACGGCGAUGAAGAGAUGGUGCUCUUUCCAAGUUAUGCCCGUCGACACGUUAAGAGUGAGCGGCGGCGACCCGAGUACGGAAGCAUGCGCCAGCCGACAGGUGUAGAAUCCGACCAAACUCAGAUAUCGGGAACAGGCGAUGCACAAUACUGGCAUCGAGAAUGGGAGAAGCACGAGGAUGAAACGGCUGUCGUUGACGUGGAUGUCAGGGGAUGGAUAUACUCUCCUCAUCGCGGGCCCAUGACGAGGAAGAACAGGAUACUGAUUGGCUUGGCUCGGCAAUUGAGCGGAGUUCCUGCGCCUUCGGGAAGAGCAAGUGCUCCAAGUAGUCGAUCAACCAGCCCUGUAGGCGAGCGACGAGAUCCCUUGAUGGAGGCCGACCUAGUAACGAGAGCUGCGGAGACGAUCCUGAAAAAGGGAGAGGGCGAGGCAGAAGUUGCAAAACGAGGAGGCUACAGCGAGACUCCGAGGACAGAUGAUUCGGCAUCUGCUCGAACCAGCCGCAAUCCCUCCCCCGUCCGACUCUCCCGCACAACGACCGGUACCUCGGCGGUCACUGAAAGCGACCCUCAGCCUGGCAUUGUCAAAAGAGCGUCCUGGAACCAACCUUCUAACAUGAAUCCAGAGCAGCUCGCAAUGGCCAAUGCUCAUUUGAUGGCCCGACUUAAACCAUUUUUGACGAAUCCGCUCUCUGGCGCCCCCAUCACUGUCUUCUUUUAUGAUGAGAACACUUCCAGGUCGCGAACCGUUAUGACGGAUGAUUCGGGUCAUUUUUCUGUACGCGCAGCUCUGGAUUUUGUUCCAAAGAACGUUCGAGUAUUGGCAUCUGAGGACCUCUCAGCCAUGACCGAAGUACGGAUAACCGAACCCGUCGGAGUGAGUGUCAUUAGUGACAUUGAUGACACUAUCAAGCACUCUGGUGUCGCCAGCGGCGCAAGAGAAAUGUUUCGAAAUACAUUCAUCCGAGAACUCGACGAACUCUCAAUCGAUGGGGUGAAAGAGUGGUACAGCAAACUUGCCGAAAUGGGUGUCAAGAUGCAUUAUGUAUCUAAUUCGCCAUGGCAGCUGUACCCUCUGUUGGUAAGCUAUUUUGCAAAGGCCGGUCUACCGCCAGGUUCGUUCCACCUCAAGGCAUAUACUGGGAUGCUCCAAGGGAUAUUCGAGCCAGUCGCCGAGAGAAAGAAGAGCGCGCUCGAGAAGAUAUUAAAGGAUUUUCCUAAGAGGAAAUUUAUCCUUGUUGGUGAUAGUGGAGAAGCAGACCUGGAGGUCUAUACGGACGUGGCCCUGGCUCAUCCUGGUCGAGUUUUGGGUGUGUUCAUCCGUGAUGUGACCACGCCUCAGAGGAAACACUUUUUCGACUCAUCAGUCGGGCCCGUCGGUGGCGAUUCUGGAGGCUCAUCAAGUCAUUCCAGAAGUACGAGUGACGGGCCAGUGAGCAGAGGCGACGCCUUGGAGAUGCGACCAGCUUUGCCGCCCAGAACACCCAGACGCGGCUCAGAAGUGCGAACCUACACGAGCCCGCUUAUUGAUCUUGAUGAAGAGGAGGAUGACUAUCCCCAACAUAUUGAGAAUGUGUUACUGCCAGAAGAGCCUCCAGCUCGCCGACCUGCUUACGACCAUGGCUUGGAGCAACUGAAGAACGCUUUCACGCCGAUAAAACCCAAGCCGGCACCACCGCCUCGACCAACGAAACCGGCGGCUCUCCGUAGCAACUCGGAGGAAGCUAUCGAACAAGCCAGACUACGCAAUGCUGCAUCUGAGAAUAACAAAAAGGGUGUCCCGCCGCCGCCUCCGAAGCCGAGGCAAUAUUCUGGAGCUGCGCAGCCUGCAUCAAUCGGUCCUUCACAGACUAUUUCGCGCAAACCAGCUCCUGAUUCUUCAGCCAACAGCCACUCCACGCUCGAAGAACAGGGGUACGGCGCCGUUCUCCGACAGAAAGUUUCUUCCGCUUAUAACGCUGACCCUUCAACGAUGGUACACAGUGCCGAACCCACUCCUCCGCCGCCGCCGCCGCCGCGUCCGGCGACAAAUGUCCGCUCGAGUACCGCAUCCGCACCAUAUCAUACAUCUUCCAGCUCAUCUCCUCCUGCUUAUAGCAGCAGAGCAAAACCACCUCCACCGACGCCGCCGCCACGUCGCACACUCACUUCCUAUCCCGCAGCAGCAGCACACUUUGCCACUAGCCGACUGGCAAGUGGAUGGAACGCAAGUACAAGCUCCCUUCAAAAUCUUUCUAGUGGACAUGGCGCCGAGCCUCGCGGCUUCUCCUCCCGUUCCAAUAGCUUUUCCGAUCCAAAUCUCCCCCACUUGGGUGGUGCUGGAGGAGGUAAUGGCUCAGGAAACAACAGCCAAGAACAGUACCAUCCCGUUAGCAAAAAGGUUGAACUAUGGAAUCGCCGGCUCGCUCGCGCUCAGAAGCUUUUGGAGCGCCAGGAUGUCAUUCUCCGCACGUGGCGUGAGGGCUCCGAUGUUAUGGAUGAUGCAAUCAAGCUCGUUGAGCAUGCUCAGAAAUUUGCCGAUCUGGAAGCGCGACGAGAGGCGAAAGCUGAAGCAAGGGCUCAAGCAGAGGCUGAAAAGAAGGCGUAGGUGCAAUGUAUACCCAAGGGUCAUUGUAUUAUAUAGUGUGUUUCAAUCAUGGGCUAGGCAGUCGUCAUUUUCAUGGCCAUUUUAUUGCUGUAUCUUUCUGAUUUCCAUUUUCUUUCUGCAUAGCCAGAAUUCUUCAUACAUCUCAUGGACCACUUUCAAUUCCUCAAUGAAUUCAUGUCGCUCGAAUUUUAUCACCCUUGGCUUUGCUACUGAAGGUC